AGAGGGACAGUGAGGGGAGAUAGAGGGAGGAACAGAGCCAGAUAGGAGGGAGGGGAGGCAUAGAGAAAGGGGCGGGAGCAAAGAGGGUUACCUCAUAGAGCUGCUAGUGUACACGGUUGCAGGGAAGAAGUUGUGGGAAAGUAAACAGCACAGGAGAAUUCCAAUCUGUGUUCAGCCACUUGCAGCCCUCGCAGGACACCAUAAAGAUGAGUGUGCUGGAACCGGUGGCGUGGUAAAAGAGUUUAUGGGAGGCUACCAGGAUUAAAGGGUCACCGGGGAGUGCCUGAAGCUUCACCGCGGACACACUACUACUGAGGACAAGGAGCAACCAUGUCCAUCAUGAUGUCUCAGCAACCACCAAAAGACGAUGAAGAGGAGGAUGAUGAGGAGAAAGGGGAGGAGUUUGAGUUUGAGGACAGUACAGAUGACGAGAAACUUCAAGAGGACGGUAAAAGGAUCAGCUCGGAAUGUGUCCAGGUGUCAAAACAAGAAGCCAGUGAGACAUCAGGCAGUGCAUCACAAACAGCCACAGACGUUGAGCAACUUCCCAAAACUUCACCUCCUGCUGGUCCGGAGGAGAUCGUCAAGGAUGCUGCUCCAAAUACUUCCACAGAUGUUCCAGUUACUGAGUCACCCAGCUGGGCCGCGGCAGCAGCAGCAGCAGCAGCAACAGCAGCAGCAGCAGCAGCAGCCGCCGAGCCCGCUGCUUCGGCUCCUCGUGAGGGAGAGGAGCUCCAGGGGCUUCCUGUGGCGCCGUCAGCUGUGGAAACGUUGGCAGAUUCAGGAGACCACAGCAAAGAAACUAUCAAGGAAAGCUCCGGCUCGGGGGACGCCUCCGAAGCGCACUUUGUGGGUGAGGCUGAAUCGCAGACGCCGGAGGCUUCAGAGGUGAUCUACGAUGACGUUCCAAGCGAGGAGCCCUUUUCUCCCAAUGAAGACAUGAUCUAUGAGGAUGUUCAAAGAGACAGUGGUCCUCUGGGGGCAGACAACGGAUGGAGCUCCAGUGAGUUUGAAAGCUACGAUGAGCAGUCAGAUAACGAGGCCAAACAACCGGCGAGGAGCAAGCUCUCUCCUGAAGUGCGUCGGCUGAGGGAGCGGUGUGCCCGGACCAAACGUGAACUGGUCAUGAAGCUGUCUGGGAGGCACAACUAUGACGCCAAGGUUCAGCAGCUCAUGAAGGCGGCAAGAAGCGGAACGAAGGAUGGGCUUGAAAGGACCAAAAUAGCCGUCAUGCGUAAAGUUUCCUUCCUGCAGAGAAAAGAUCAAUUGGAGGAGGAGGAUGACGCAGGCUACCUGGAUGUGGCUGUGUCAGAAUUCAAGCAUCCUCCCCCGCAGCUGAGCCCAAUGCCAGAGGGACUGACCAGCCACCAGGUUGUCAGACGCCAUAUCCUCAGCUCCAUCAUUCAGAGCGAGCGGAGCUACCUGGAGUCUCUCAGGAGGAUCUUGCAGGAGUACCACAGACCGUUGAUGGAGGCCGAGCCACGCAUCCUGAGUCCACGGAAGAUCCGGCCCAUAUUUUACCGGAUCAGGGAGAUCACGCAGUGCCACUCCAUGUUUCAGAUCGCACUGGCUUCACGUGUGGCUGAGUGGGACAGCAGUGAGAAAAUUGGAGACUUGUUUGUUGCCUCGUUUUCCAAGUCCAUGGUGUUGGAUGUGUACAGCGAUUACGUGAACAACUUCACCAAUGCCAUGGCUCUCAUUAAAAAGGCGUGCAUGUCCAAACCGGCUUUUCUGGAAUUCUUGAAGAAGAAGCAGGCCUCCAGUGUUGACCGGAUCACCCUGUACGGCCUGAUGGUCAAGCCGAUUCAACGAUUUCCUCAGUUCAUAUUGCUCCUGCAGGACAUGCUUAAGAAUACGCCCAAGGGCCACGUGGAUCGUUUGCCCCUGCAGCUCGCUCUGACAGAGCUGGAGAUGCUGGCUGAGAAGCUGAAUGAACAGAAACGAGUUGCCGACCAGAUUGCAGAGACUCAACAACUCGCCCGCAGCGUCAGUGAUCGCUUGCUCAGUAAGCAACUGAACUCGGAGCAGGGGUCACUGGUGCUGUGUGAGACGCUCAUCGAGACCGUGUACGGCGAGCGAGGACAAAUCCUGAAGUCGAAGGAGAGAAAGGUCUUCCUCUUUGAUGAUGUGCUCAUCUGUGCCAACAUAAAUGUCAAGGGGCCUCCGGAUAUCAGCAGCCUCGUCCCCGUCGGCCCCAAGUACACCAUGAAGUGGAGUGCCCCCUUACAGCAGGUGCAAGUAGUAGAGGUUGGGCAGGAGGGCUCUCAAAGCAAAGACACCUUGUACCAGCAGAGUGGGACUAAGAGGCCAGGUGUCGCCGGCAUUUCAGGCAAAGCGAUCCUCGGCCCGCCGCGGCUCUACCAGGAGCUGCAGGAACUGCAGCAUGACCUUUCUGUCGUGGAGGAGGUGACUCUCCUCGUGGGCACACUGCAGGGGACGUACCAGAACCUGAACACCACUGUGGCCCAGGACUGGUGUCUGGCUCUGCAGAGGCUUAUCCGCAUCAAAGAAGAACAGAUCCAGAGUGCUAACAAAUGUCGCUUACGCCUGCAGGUGCCUGGCAGGCCAGACAAGUCUGGGCGUCCCGUCAGUUUCAUGGUGGUCUUCAACACUCCCAACCCCCUCAGUAAGAUCUCUUGGGUCAACCGUCUGCACUUGGCAAAGAUUGCACAGCGAGAAGAGAAUUCACCAGGCUGGUUGUAUGGAGAAGACGAAGGGAAGACGAUAGCUCCAUUUUGGUCUCCGCUUCUUGCCUGUCACAUGCCUGUCUUUGCAACAAAGUCACCAGAGAGAAAGCUUGAAGCUGCCCUCCACCAUCCUGUUCACUGUGCACUGUUGGGCUUCUCUGCAGCAAGCACGUCCUUACCGCAAGGCUACCUUUGGGUGGCUGGUGGUGGAGACUGCUCUCAAGGCCAGAUAGAGAUAUUUUCUCUCAACAGGCCGAUGCCGAGGGCUGUAAAGAGCCUGCAGAUAGGCUCGGCCGUUCGAUGUCUGGAAUACGUGCCGGUACCUUCCCCGACCGAGGAAGCGGAGGCCGGCGUUCACAGGUCCCCCGCGGGGCUCGGCACCAACAUUUGUGUUGGAUUAGAUGAUGGCCGCAUACUGGUCUACGGCAGCGUGGACACUGCGGCGCAAUGCCUGCUGACCCUCCACAACUCCGAGGGCUGCCCUGUGCUGAGCCUGAAGCACUCUCCUCGCUUCCUGUUUGCGGGCCUGCGGAAUGGGACCAUGAUGGUUUACGGGAGAAAUAACAGUGAUGAUCUGUGGGACCCUACCUCCUCCAGAUGCGUAAGCAUGGGCUCAGAACCAGUUCGGACACUGCUGGUGCUAGAUGACUCAGUGUGGGCGAGCUGUGGGAACUCUGUGACGGUCAUGGAAAUCUCCAACCUCACCACUCAGAAGUUUGAAGUCCAUCCAGACCCGCUGGUCAGCGUUGCGCACAUGGCGUGUGCCGGUGGAGGAGUGUGGAUGGCGUUCUCUGAGGGUUCCUCCAUUCGCCUCUUUCAUACUGAAACACUGGAGCUUCUGCAGGAAAUCAACAUCUCGACGCGCUCAACGCUUCUGAACACAGGUCAAAAGAGCAUGCGAGUCACAAGUCUUCUAAUUUGCCAGGGGCUGCUGUGGGUGGGCACGGCCCAGGGCUUAAUUAUAACUCUUCCAGUUCCCAAACUGGAGGGCAUCCCCAAAAUAACAGGAAAGGGAAUGGUCUCUCUAAAUGCCCACUGCGGGCCCGUGGACUUCUUGGUCGCCACCACCAGCACUCUGUCCCCUGAACUUCUGAAGAGGGACUCUUUCGGCGACGGCCCGGACUCCGCUUGCGGAGGCGAGGACCGCAGCGACACCUCCUCCCAGGAGUCCCUGCAGCAGUCCUACCAGGGGGAGGGGAGGGGCAAAGGACGCGGCGUCCUGCUGCAGUACAGGCUGCGGUCCACGUCCGGCCUGCCCGGGCGCCCGCUGACGGCGCUGGGCGACGAGGCGUCAGACUCCUCGCUGGAGUCUCUGGAGCACAGCGUGGAAGACGGUUCCAUCUACGAGCUCAGUGACGACCCGGAGAUGUGGGUCCGGGGCCGCCCGUGUGAGAGGGACGGGGGGCGCAGGGACAGGGUGAUCUCCGCCGCCGUUAUCUCCGGGGGAAAGGGCUUCCGCAGACUGAAGGAAAGAGGAGCGGCGGCCGGUACUAGGACAAGCGGGGAGGGUUCAGAGAAUACUCUCAUGGUAUGGCAGCUCCCACUGACAGUGUGAUGUGGAAAAUGUACGGUGUGGCAAGGUGAUGUGUGUUCUUAGAUGUCUACCCAGCCUAGCCUUGAGUCACCUGCUCCAUAAACUCUACGGAUUUGAAUGUUUGAUGAGAAGGUAUUGCCACUUUACGGAGCUUGACGUCCUAUAACUCAUCCUGUGGAAUAAGGAAGCUAAGACCUACUGAUAACUGAAGAGGCACCGUCAGCACAUAGGAUGCUUUGAAUUUUCAGGAUUGCGCGUCAUUAUCUUCCCAGGGAAGGCAGAGGUCCCCGCAGAUUAGUUCCAUCUGAUGGUCCGGAUCUGCUUCCUCUGCCCGCCUCAGCUAAGAUUGAUACGGCUCAAUUUAACCUCAUCAUUGCCACGCGCGCUCUGACACAUUUGUUUUGUGCGAAGGACUCGGCCCACGUGGACAAGAAACACCUUUGUGAGGCGGCCUUUGUUGAGUCUGCCAUGCUCCGCAGGGUUACAAAUGGACGUCUUUUAUCUGAUCCCGCGGGAGAGAUCCCAUCUGUUCAGAGCUGAAAGCUGAGGGACUACCGUCACAUCAUAAAGCACAUUAGCAUCACUCUAUUAGCUUUGCCAGUCUUUCCUCUCAUCCCAUGCAAUGUGAAUGUACGAGUCUCAAAAUCGAAUCUGUGUUCGCUUAGAAAAAGAAAAAAAAAAGGAAAGAAUUUCAUUUUAUCUUGUGUCGUUGCAGCUGUUGAUUUUUUUGGUCAUGGAAAAUGAGUUGCUCCCAGUGGCUCGCCGUGCCCUUUGUGAGGCGGGGUCACGUUAGUACAGGCUGGCUGCACAAGGAAAAACAAAAAGAAAAAAGAAAAAAAAUGUCAUUACCCAGAAUUACAGAAUCUGUAUUUGCACUCUAAUAUUACUGUAAUAAUUAUAGAUUUAUUUGCUGAAAAUGUAACCUCUUGUCGCCAAACCUCCGAGUAUUAUCUCCCAAGUACUGUAAAUGCCAGAUAUCUGUUUCAUUAUUCAUUGGCAUCUAUCAGCCAGAUACAGCAAACGUGUUCACGAGCUUAUUAAUACUGAACUCACUUUAGCUGGAAACCCCAGCCACACAUCAAAUGCUAAGACUCAAAUGAAUGAUGACAUAGAAGUGCUGCAGCCAUCUAAACUGCUGUCGGCUACAGGGGGGGGGGUACCUAAGAGAGACGCCGACGAGCGUGUUUACAGGACCGUUAAUUUUCAAUUAGAAGGUGAUUCAUAUUUAAGGUGUUGUUUUACAAUACGUAGCGAAAGUCUGUAUCACAAUUAACACAUGAUGGUGAUGUGUGUAUAAAUAAUCAGCCGGGGCUUUGAUCAUGGAAAUCUAAUCCUGUCAGCACUUGUUUUCCUUCGCUUUCGAUGCGAAUAUUUGGUAGAUACGUUGCAGUUUAAGGCCAGCACUAAUAUUUCAUGACCAGGAUAUGAAGACGCCCAUAAACCACUUGUCAUCGCUGUUGGGUAAAAGCCUCUCUGCUCGAUUUUAUCGCGGCUAUCGUGCCUUCAGAUCAGCUGAAGAGUAUGUAGCCUGUUCUUAACCUGACAGUCUUAUAAAACCCUUCAUAUAAAAUUGUGUUUUUUUCCAAGGUGCUAUAAGAAGCACCCCGUGGUACUCUGUGUAAUAUUCUAAAUGUUUUCCAUCUGAAGGUCUUAAUUCCAAGUUGUGGCGCUGGCGGCCUCGUAAACACGGACACGGGGCCUCGCCGUCGAACUAAAUUAAGAAGUGCACGCUUUACACUUCCCACUUUUCACAGUGUGUGUGCACAGUAUGUUGAGGCCACGAGCUGAGCGAAGCUUAGUGGAUUUUCAGCGCAACUAAUUAACGUCGAAUUGUCCCCAUCAACAGAAGCGUAAUGUUCCUGUUUUGGUAUUUCUGGAUAUUCAAACAGCGCCGAAGCCUGUCGACCGGCAUCCUUCAGAAACGUAAUAAAAUAAAAUUAAGAUGUCGUAAACCGUCCCUCGAUGCUGUCAUCUAAACAAAAAUCUCAAUGUCACCGCAGAAAUGUGCAGUUCUUGGAGAUUAAACGCCGCCGGCGACGCGGCGCCCUCUCCAUUCAUCCUUUGUAGGGCUAUUUUUGGCUUUUGUUGGACAGUUACUGGAUGAAGAGGACGACGGAAAAUAUGAACGCGCUCAAACAUGGGACGACGCGGUCGCGUGGCGCGAGCCGUUCUAAUUUGGCCACCGGGUGUUAAAAUGUAUCUCUCCCAGAGGACGCGUGUAUCCCUCGUAUACAGCUGUUGAACUGUUUCACUGGCUCAUCCGCUAACGAUUCAGUCUCAGAUGUUGCCCUUGACAGACGGCGUUUCAUGCAUUUCUUUUGCUUUAAUACAGUUAAUGCCUACAGGUAUUAUCCAUGCACUGAAUAUUAAUACUCAAUAAUGAACGUACUGUACUACUAACCAGAUUACUGUACUAAAUAAACCUGUAUUCCAUUUUGUAAAGAGGACUGCAACCCUGUUGAUGUUUUAGACUGUGUGAGGCACAGUCAAUGAACUUUGUUUUCCUGCGGCGUUAAAGGGUAAAUGCAACAUCACUGUUUCUACCAGCUGCAAUAACAUUUGCUCCGCUGGUUAAAAGCUGAGAUCUGCUAACACCACUUGAAAGAAGCGCGGUGACGGUAAGAGCUCGUAGUGAGCACCCGUCACAGUCCACAGGCAUGAAGCAUUAUUAAAAGAAGGAUUCACCAUCCAACCCCUUAUAGUUGUCGCAGUGUUGCGCUGUUUUCCAGGUCUCAGUUAGCUUAGUGUGUAAAUUAUUUCUAUUGCCGAUGGGAAUGGCGGCCAAAUCUGCAAAAACGUGGGUAGGUUGGAAGUAAACCAGGCUUCUACUUAAAGCAAAUGUUCAAUCUGUCAAAUGAAAUCUGUGCUUGUUUCUUUUUGGUACUUCAGUGUUAAAUGUCUGUGCAUCGUCUAACAAAAUUAAAAAAAACUUCUUUAAACAUGA